AUGAAGUUCAGCGUCCUUGCUCUCUCGGCCUUGCUGGCUGUCGCCGCUGCCGCAGACACUACCACAGCAAACCCUUCAAUCAUUACCAGUACUCCCGAGGUCGAGUGCGCAAAGAGCUGCGAAGCCAAGGAUAUCUGCUGCACAGCCAGCUGCUACCACGUGCCCUGUCCCAGCGAUGAGCAGGCAAAUGACACCAAUAACUCGCACUUUUGGGGCGGCAACGGCAGUGGUGCAACUGCAACCCACUCUUCCACCACCUCCACUGGUACCGGCAGCACUGCCACCCAUACCAGCUCUGACUCGUCGAGUACCGGUUCCAAGUCUUCGGGUGACAAUGACAGCAAUGACAACAACGACAACGAUGACUCCUCUUCCUCGGGCACUGCUACCAGCUCCUCUGGCUCCUCGCAGGAGACCACCAACGCCGCUGCCGAUGUCAGGCUCGGUGCCUCCGCUGCUGGCCUCUUCGGCCUGGUUGUUGCUGCUUUUGCUCUGUGA